AUGAUAACUAACACCGAGUUCGAUGUGCCCGUAGAUUGGUUGUAUAAAGGUAAGAGUAGACGGAAGACAAAUACGAAGCCAUCGAGGCCUUCUACGUCGCCAGCCUCCUCUUCAUCUACGUCCUCUUCGAAAAACGGAGACAAUAGCACGAGUGGUAACAGGUCUAGCAAUGAUAAGCCUCGUGCGAGGUCGUCAUCUGUAUCCAAUGCAGCACUUUGUAAUACUGAGAAACCAGAUUUGAAGAGGAACGAUGGUAAUACCUCUGCAUCAGACACUGAUAACAUACCGCUACUUACUCCUAUUAAUAGCGGUAACCGGAGCGAUUCCGCUGACAUUGAUAAUCCGGCUACCGUAGACGCCAUAGACCUUAUAGAUAAUGAUGACAACGGCUCAAGUACUCAAUUUGUAAGGAAAAAACGUUCCACUUCUAUAUCCAAUGCUGUGGUCUCGUCCAAACCAAGACUGGCCAGUUCUGCCAUAAACGCCACCGCAUCUUCUUCUGUUGGCAAGGGAAAGCACCCGCCAAUUUCUUCACCAUCUAAUGCUACUCUCAAGAGAAGCAACUCGACUAGUGGAGAAAAGACUAAAAGGUCGAUUUUUGGAUCUUUGUUUAGCAAACGGUCUACCUCUUCUUCAGCUUCCACUGCCAAGAAACCAUUACCUGUUGUUAAUACUAGCACGACUGAGAAUGAGUCUGGUGGCAUUAAAGCAGUUGCGACUCCUGAUCCACGGGUGAAGGAGAUAUCAUCACCAAUGAGAGGAGUGGCACCAACAGCUAGCAAGCCACAGACACCUAUACUCCCCUCCCCUGCACUUGCAGUAAAAGACCUAUCUACAGUUUCAUUGAAAAGGGUCUCGUUUGCCGUCGAUAAAUUCGAAUCCGAUCCUCCCCAACAACUUCCUUCAAGAACCCCAAAAAAGGGAAACAUCCUUAUCCCUGAUGACAUGAUAAGCGAGGUUCCUUCUAUUUCCGUGGGUAUUUCCAGUAGCAACCAAUCGGCCAAGUCAACCAAUUCCAACAUUAAGGGACCGUUGUACACUAAGAAGUCUAAAGAAUAUAUACUCGCCCUGGAAAAUCAAAAGUUGGCUUUAAGGGAGGCUGCUAAGCAUCAGCAAGAAGCUCAUUUUGCUGCUAAUAGAAUAGCCUUUGAAGUAGCCAAUUUUAAGACUGCUUCGGAUGCAGGCGGUAAGCUUACUGAAAAGUCAUCAGAAGGCACCAUUACGAAGCAAAGAGAAGAGGUGUCACCUCCAAAUGUUGAAGCUGAUCGGGAGCUUGAGAAUAAUAAACUUGCAGAAAACCUCUCAAAAGCCGGCAUUGAUAAGCCCAUUCAUAUGCAUGAGCACUAUUUCAAGGAACCUGAUCAAGAUAAGUACCAAGACGGUCAUUCUAUUGAAAAUAACGAAGUUACGCUGGAUGUUAUUUACACAAGAUGCUGCCAUUUAAGGGAAAUUUUACCCAUUCCGUCUACCCUAAGACAAGUAAAGGACAAGACAGCUCCCUUGCAAAUAUUGAAGUUUUUGAACCCUAAGCCUACCUUGAUCGAUAUUCUUUCCUUUUGUGAUUUCAUCACCAUUGCUCCCAUUCACACGAUUGUUUUCGACAAUGUAGCUUUAAACCAGGAUAUGUUCAGAAUAAUUAUUUCUGCUUUGGUAAACUCCACAGUUUUGGACAAAUUGAGUUUAAGAAAUGUACGAAUCGACCAAGAUGGAUGGAAAUUACUAUGUAAGUUCCUUUUGCUAAACAAAUCACUGAACAAGCUCGACAUUUCCCAAACGAAAAUCAAAUCUGACCUUGCUGAAUCACUAUAUCGCCAUAACAUGGAUUGGAACUUGUUUACUGACGUCUUGUCUCAGAGAUCUCACAAACCUAUAGAAGAAUUGUUAUUCAAUGGUAUUCAAUUUAGCAAAAUUCCUUACUCAUGCUUUGCACGUUUACUGACAUCCUUUGCUACCCAAAAAAACUUUCCAGAAUCGGGCAUCAGGCUUGGUUUAGCAGGUGCCACUACUUCCAAUAUCUCUCAGGAUUGUCUGAAAUUUAUCUUCAAUUGGAUGUCUCAAUAUAACGUCCAGGGUGUGGAUCUAGCGUUUAAUGAUCUGUCCACUAUGAUUAAGCCAAUGGUUGGUAAACUAUCUGCUCUAUCAUAUGAUAACUUAAGAUAUUUCAUUUUGAACAGCACUAAUAUUUCGACUUCUUAUGAUUUAGCUUUGCUCUUGAAAUAUCUUUCUAAGUUGCCUAACUUGAUUUUUUUGGAUUUGAGUAAUUUGUCGCAAUGCUUUCCUGACAUUUUACCCUACAUGUACAAGUAUUUACCAAGAUUUCCGAACCUGAAGAGGAUACAUUUGGAUAGCAAUAAUUUGACAUUAAAGGAACUAGCUGUCGUUUGUAAUAUUUUGAUUAAGUGCAAAUCGCUCUCGCAUGUGUCAAUGACUAAUCAAAACGUUGAAAACUUCUAUCUAAUGAACGGCACAGAUUCUCCCGUUCAACAAACUAACACAGACGGCGACUUGGAUAGUUCGAGCACAUUGGACGUUAAGGGCCAAUUUGCUAAAAAUAGUUUUUCAUCCACACUUUACGCAUUUGCUAGAGACUCUCCAAACUUGAUUGGUUUAGAUUUUGACUAUGAUUUGAUAUCAGAAGAGAUUCAAUCAAGAAUAGCACUGUGCUUGAUGAGAAAUAUGAAACGGACCAUGGAUUCGACUUUCCAGUUAGAUGAAUUGGAUUCGCAAGAUGAUUUGCUAUUCGAUGGCUCUUUAGUAACUAUGACCGCUGAAAGUGUUUUAGAAAAACUGAACUUGUUAAGCGAUAAGAGUACAAAGGUCAAAAAAGACACCACGAAGAGAUAUUUGCUGAAAAAAUAUAUUGAAAAGUUCCAUAUCUUGCACCAUAAUGUUCAGCAUACAAUAGAUACUAUGUUCGAAAAAAGGAAAUCAGGUGAAUUGCCAUUGCAAGAAAAAGAAAACCUUGUAAGAUUACUCCUUUUGGAACAAAACUUAUGCAAUAUACUAGAAUUGUUUUCGCAUAAUCCGAAUCUGAAUGAUGUCCUUGGAUCCAGCAGGGAUGAUUCGAAGGAAAGUGUUGACUCCAGCGAAGAUUCAAAAUUACCAGCAUUGAAGCACGUUGAAUCCGGAUACCAUGUUCCCGAAGAAAAAAUACAACCUGAGAAUGAUGUAAUUACAGCAAGACCACAUUUAAUGGCCACCGAUUCUGGUAAAACUAUUGACGUUUUCACAGGCAAACCAUUGGUGUUCAAGCAUACAUCAUCUAGUACUUCUGUAGGUUGUAAAAAGCAGGAAGAAGAAGAAGGUGAACUACAUAAAUGGGGUUUCUUCGUUCAGCAGCAGAGGUCUUUAUACCCUGAAAAUGAAUCAACAAGGCAGACACCUUUUGCAUCAGGUGAUACGCCUAUCAACACAGAAACAGCUGGUAAGUCAACUUCAUCUCCUUCAGUUUCAACUUCUAACAAUGAAACUGCUACCACUAGUUUAUUUAGCCCAGCUAAUCCUAAGAUUUUACCAAAAAUUCCAUCCGGUGCUGUCUUAAGAUCGGCAAUCAUGAAGGCUAAAGGUAUUGAUUCUAUCGAUGAUUUGAUUCAGAACGUUAACUCCAACAACAUAGAAUUGGAGAACAUUUAUGGUGAAUCCAUUCAGAAUAGCGCUUCGACAUUUACACCAGGCGUGGAUUCUGAUGUAUCUGCGCCCAAUACCGAUAAAGGAUCCGUAGAAACAUUGCCUGCAGUCUCAACUGACGACCCAAAUUGUGAAGUCAAAGUCACUGCUACCUAUGACAAACUAUUAAAUAAUUUGUCGAUGGAGAGGUCAAUCAGACUUUGA